AUGGAGUCUGAUUUACCCAUCACUGCCUUCACCAGACCAACCAAAAAGCCUUCCAAAAUCACCAAAAUCGCAAAUGCAAAUGCAGUUGAAGACACAAUCUCCAACAUGCUUCCUGAACCAGUGAUAACUCACAUUCUCAGUUUCGUACCAACCAAAGAUGCUAUUCGCACCUCCAUCUUAUCCAAAAAAUGGGAACGUCGUUGGACUUCCAUCACCAAACUCUCCUUACAUGAUUAUCAACUUUCUUUUGAUUUCACUAUCAGGCUUAAAAGAAUGCAGAAUUUUUCCACCUUUGUUGACAGAGCGCUUCUUCUUAACGAUAGUUUAGCCAUGGAUCACGUUUCUCUUUUCCUCUUUACUUUGUAUAAUUGGUCUCUUCUAGAUUCAUGGUUAUCAAACAUCUUUAAGCGGAGAGUUAAAAUUCUUCAAAUCCAUUCUUUUUUUCAAAUCCCAUUCUCCGUUCUCGCUUCUCAUUCUCUUUUCAAUAACUUUUUGUUGUUAGAAGAAUUGGAGUUGCUUACUGAUUCCAUUUCCUUUAUUAAUGUUCCUAUGUACGAUGAAGAAUUGAAAUUGCUUCGAAAUUCUUUUAAUUCCGUUGAUGUUCCCGCUCCCAGCAAAUAUAUUGUAUUUCGAAACUUGAAAAUUCUCAACUUGUGUGGAAUCAACUUUAACACCGACUCACCCAAAUCUUGGCGCAAUGUUCAUCUUGAAUUCCCUCUCCUAACAAAAUUUGAGGCUAAAAACUGCGCUUGGUUUGUUGAUACAUCUUUGGUUAUGAUAUACGCGCCUCUACUUGAAAGCAUUUCAAUCGAACAUAGCGUCGGUGUUCCUUGUAAACGUGACAAAUCAUUUAUCUGCUUCCCUGAUUCUGAGGAUCUGAAAGAAUUCAGUUUUUGCGGUUUUGAUAUAUCACAAAACAUUAUAAUUAAGUCCCCAUGCCAUGCUUCAGCUAAAAUCAAUUUAUAUGAGAGCCAACACUUUGUAAGUUAUAUGUCAGAUUUCCAUGCUGCUGCACUUCUUGGUGAAUUCAGUCACUCAAAAUCUAUCAAAUUCGAGUCAUCAAAGGUUCUGGAUCUGAAAAAGAUGCUACCAAAAAAGCUAUGUGUAUUUCCAAUGUUGACCCAUUUGGAGGUUGGCUUCGUUAGUGUUGAUAUUCUCUUAACCUUGCUUCAAAAGGCACCGGUUCUCGAGACACUUGUUCUCAAGGAAAUAUGUGAUUUUGGGGAAGAGCUUUUGAGUUCUGCUGAUGUGCCCAAGCGUUUGGCUUUUCUCCAUGUUGUGAAAUUUGAACAAGUUAUUGGGGAGGAUCUUGAGUUAUCUUUAGCUAAAUAUUUUUUGGAUAAUUGUAAGUUCUUGGAGAAGAUGUGCUUCUCCAUUGCUAGCCAAGUCGUGGACAAAGACGAGGUUGUGGAAGAAAUUAAGGAGAAGCUGCAAUCAUUUUAUAAUUUCAUUCCUGAAUAUCUUCUUGAAUUUUCAUAUGAUUAG